AUGGGUGUCCCCUUCGAAGCCCUUAUUCCCUAUGGGAUCAUGCUUGCCAUGUUUGGUAUCACCGGAGCGGGAAUGUCGAAGAUCAGACACAUGCAGAACGGAGGGAAGAGGGGCAGACACUCGGUGGAUCAAUGGGAUAAGAUCGAUACGGAAGACAUUGCGGAGCUAAUUGAAGACAGUGAUGGACCGGGACCGCAGAUUGACGGGAUUCCUGAGGGGACAAACGGACAACCCAAUAGCACCCGCUGGCUUUGA